ACUGGAAUCCUCUCUGGACCCAUACAAACUAAUGAUAAUUGGAUCGAUUAUGUAUAAAGCAGUACAUACAGCUUUAGUUGGUUAGCAUAAACCAGCUUACAGCUUAAGCUAGUUAGUAUAACCUAAAACAUACAACUUUAGCAGGUGCUGAUAAACCAACAAACAACAUUACCUGGUUUGCAUAAGCUACCAGAUAAAGCUUUAGCUUUUAGCAUAAACCAACACAUACAGCCGAGGCUGGUUAGCAUAAACCAACACAAACAGCUGAGGCUGGUUAGCAUAAACUAACACAUACAGCCGAGGCUGGUUAGCAUAAACCAACACAAACUUUAUCUGGUUGGCUAGUUUUUUUUAACAGUGAGGAGAAGAGUCUGAAUGAAUGGUGUUUAUCUGAACCUUUUUUCUCCUACAUAGUCUCCCCAGGGCUGUGUCUUCUCACCACUGUUAUUUGUUUUACAGAAUAAUGACUGCCAGAACCAUCGCAGUGGACAUCACAUCAUCAAAUUUGCUGAUGAUCCUGUCAUUGUGUCACUUCUUAGCAGGGAAAUCCAUAAACAUGGCUUGGUUGUCAAUUACUUUAAAUUGGUGCCAAGAAUCAUUUUUAAGUUUUAACAUGACUAAAACAAAAUAAAUUUGCAUAGACUUAGGGAAAAAUCACAACACUGAUCUCCCCCAGUGGUAAUUAAUGACCAAACAGUGGUCAUUAAUGGAUAAACCAACACACAACUUUAGCAGGUGCCAGAUCUGAUCGACACUUUUCAUGUUCAUAGUUUUUAGUUGGACAACAUUUCUAAAAAUCCUUUUUUUUAUCGCUCUUGGUAAUAUUCUAAUCUUCUCAGAUACUGAAUUUCAGGUUUUAUAAUCAUCAAAAUGAAAAGAAACAAACAUUUGAAAUAUAUCAGUCUGUGUGUAAUGAAUAAAAAUAAUAUACAAAUUUCACUUUAUGAAUGGAAUAACUGAAAUAAACCAACUUUUCAUGAUAUUCUACUUUUAUGACCAGCACCUGUAGACCUUGUUGAGACAGAACUUUGCCAUGACACAGACCUUUACAUAUACAGACCUUUACAUAUACAGACCUUUGCAAUGACAGACCCAUUUGAUGACCCAGAACCUUAGGAUGACCGUUCUUUACAUUGACACAGAACUUGAUACUGACAGGUUGACACUGAGCUCAUAAGCUGACUGAAAUCAGUAAGUGGUCAAAUCUGUAGCUGAAAAGGAUUGAAGCUCAGAUCCUUCCUUACUAAUCUCAGUUUGGCUUUCUCUGUAUUUAUUGAUGACUCAGGUGUAUCUAUGUACGUUCUCUUCACUUCAGUUUCCUUUCUUAAACCCUCCGCAGGAUGACCAGCUGUUCCAGAUGCAGUUUUGCACCAAAAACUGAAGACAAACAUCAGCUUAUCGGGACUUCUGAGACACUCUAAUGUGUGGGUGCAGUCCAGAAGACAGCAACAGGAACAGUUCAGUCUGAACGGACCAAACGUUUGUAUUGAAGUGGAACCAACAACUGAGGUAGCUGGGCCCAAAAGGAUGACAAGCCUAUUCAGACGCAGCAACAGCAACAAUGGAGGGUCUCAGAGCAGUGAAAGUGGAGGUGGUUCUGGUGCCACCCAUGGGCAGCUCAACAACAGCAGACCUAACCAGCUGGUCAGGCGCCUCGAGUUCAAUCAAGCCAUGGAGGACUUCAAGACCAUGUUCCCCUCAAUGGAUUACGAGGUGAUUGAGUGUGUGCUCCGCUCAAAUAACGGAGCUGUGGACGCCACCAUUGACCAGCUUCUUCAGAUGACUGUUGAUGGACAUGAUUCUGAUGACAGUUCUGACUCAGAUGACAGCAUUCCAGCAGAGAUUCUGGAGCGAACUUUAGAACCAGACAGCUCAGAUGAAGAACCACCUCCUGUUUACUCUCCACCUGCACGUGAUGUGUACCCCAAGGUCCCACCGACACCCCCACAACGACUGGAUACCCCUUCAGCAGGUGACCAGCAAGUUAGAAGCUACCGGAACUGGAAUCCCCCUCUCCUCGGAAAUCUCCCGGACGAUUUUUUGCGAAUACUGCCGCAGCAGUUAGACAGCUUUAAGAGCAGCAUAUCUCAGCCUUCAUCCUCCUCAUCGUCGACGUCCUCAAGUCAGAGGAUGGCUCAGCCUGGUUCUGUGUGUGGAGCUGCAGGAAGCUCUGAAGGUCAGAGUUUGGUGUCUGAAUCUCCAGAGCAGGAUGAUAAACUGAAGCAGUACCUGGAAGAUGAGCGCAUUGCCCUGUUCCUGCAGAAUGAGGAGUUCAUGAGAGAGCUGCAGCGUAACCAUGAUUUCCUGAUUGCAUUAGAAAGAGAUCGAUUGAAGUAUGAAUCAAAAAAAUCAAAGUCCAGUCGUUUAUCCGGCAUUGAUCCAUCCACAGGAGACGUGUACUCUGCAGCUUCAGUGGAGGCUGCCUCAGAUGAUGCUCUGUUCAGAGACAAACUCAGACAUAUGGGAAAGUCAACAAGAAAAAAACUGUUUGAAAUUGCCAGAUCGUUUUCUGAGAGGACAAAAAGAAGAAAGUCAAAAAGGACACUGAUGAAGUUGCAUUCAUUGGGCACAGCCAACUCAACAGCUAACCUCCUUGAAGAUGGUGAGGAGAACCCCAGUGAAGAAGAUGGUUUACCCAGAAGAGCAAACACCAACAAUGAUGAUUCUGAACAGCGCAAUCAACAACUUUGAUGAUGUUUCGCUGUGUUCCAGUUUUGUGAAGACGCAGCUGCUUCACACAGGUUCAGACUUUGUCAGCACCUGUAAAACACAGCAGCUGAUGUAAGGCUCAGCAAUGACUUCAUUUAGAGAGACUUGUCUGUAAAUUUAGUAAUUUAGAAGCUCCAUCAUGUAGUAUUAUUAAGAAAUGUUGUGAUGAGAGGUCUCACGGUUGCUUCCACUGAGAGGAUCAUCAGUGUGACGAUCUGAGAUUCUUUCUGGUCAUUGUUUUAUCAGAAACAGGAAGCCAGAGUGACAGCCCGCCAACAGAACGCGCUGCAGUUUCAAAGGGCUAACAUGUAAUUGAACUAAAUGAAAGGUCUCAGUCCAUAGAAGAAGCAGCAGUCUAGUUUCAUUAAUGUGAGGUGAACUGCUUCGUCUGUCUGUAUUUCAGACUCGGUUCCACUGUUUAGUCAAACCAUCACACAAGCAGCUGUGUGAAGAACAAGUGACACAAACACAGUCCAGCCUCAUACUAGAGCUCAGCUUUGUACUGAGCCUGCUUCUGGCCUCAAACCAUGCUCAGUUUCAUGAUUUAUUUAUGUAAACAGUUUUAUAUGACUUCACGUCCUCUCAUUUACGAUCACCUCCUGUUCCUUCUUGCAGAGAAACUUUGCUUCACUUGCUCUCCCCUUGGUUUCUCUUUUGUUUUUACAACUUCUUUAAAAAUAUAUUGGUGGUUCAGUUUUCUUUGUUGUGCAGGAUAUAGUUUGACCAAUCCCACACUGUUGUAGUGACCAGUGCUGUGGGCAGUACUUCUACAUUUUUAUCCUUGAAGGAGACCAAUUAUGGGUCCUAGAAAUGUUU